GCUUCGCACGUGUAGUACGCACGUUGCUUAAAUUUUGUUAUUUAAAACGCUAAAUUUCACAGCUCACCGAUGGUUCCUAAUGAGAAAAGUUUCCCCCGAGGCGGGACGAUACAUGCCGAAGCCAAAAAUGCCGACAUCACCUCGAAUAUCGUUUUUGGUGCGUCGCAGAAAAAGGUGAAAAAGGCUCCUAAAGUAAAAGACAACCUCAUCAGCGAUCCAACCGAGGAGCAGAAUGAGCAACUCGAGGCCUUUUCCGCAGAGUCCCUCAACUUGGACACGCUGGAGGAGGACAUGCUGGUCAUGGGAGUGGUCAAGGAAACGAGUACCACUGCCCUGCAGAUUGCCUUGCCCGGCCGUAUGUUCGCCCGCACCUUGGUGGCCGAUAUCUCUGAGGCCUACACCCGCGUAGUAAAGGCAGCCAUGUCCGGAAACACCAGCGAGUUCUAUAAUCUCACCGAGCUCUUCCCGGUGGGCCGCAUUGUCUACGGCAAGGCGAUCAAAACAGUAAACUCUGCCAGCAAUCGGUUGAACUUGUUGCUUUCCCUAAAGCCGGCCGAUGUCCAUAGCAAUCUGCACCACAAGAGCAUCAAGAAGGGAUUCAUCUUCUCCGGCGCCGUGGCGGAGAUUCAGGAGCACGGCUACGUCAUCGAAACCGGAGUGCAGGGCUUGCAGGCCUUCGUGCCCUGUGAGGAGCCAGCACAGACCCUUCGGGUUGGUCAACUCGCUUUUCUGAAAGUCAAGAAGAUUCAGCACGAUGAACACCAGAGCACCUGCACCUGCACUCAGGUGGAGCAGGACCAGCUACGCAUCAAGAGCCAAAACGAGGCGAAUCUCGACUACAUUCUGCCAGGCAGCAUUGUCAAGUUCAAGGUGGCCAAGCACCUGAAGGAUGGUCUGAAGGGCAGCAUAAUGAACGAGUCCUUUAGCGCGUACGUAAACGAGCACCACCUGGCCAACGCUCUGGAAACACUGGAUUCCUACGAACUGAAUGAGGACUACAAUGCCAGGGUGCUGUACGUGAUGCCUCUGACCAAACUGGUGUACUUAACCCUCAAUCUGGACAUCAAAUCGGAAGAAGAGGUGGCAAAGAGCCAGGAGGACGAAGAGGAACAGGAGGUGGAGCCACUCAAGGUGGGCUCCGUGGUGGAGAAGGCCAAGGUCCUGCGUCUGGGCAGCGGCGGAGUGGUGCUGCUGCUUAACAAGAAGUUUAAGGGUAUCAUCUCUUUCGGAUCCAUCAAAGCCAACUUCAAGGGUAACUACGACAAGGACGAAGUGCUGUCCAAGUACGGCCGGAAAACCAAGCACAAGGUGCGCAUCUUGAGGUACGACGUCAUCGAGUCCAUGUACUACUGUUCCGACGCUCCGAACGUGGUCAGUGAAAGGAUUUACAGUCUGGAGGACAUUAACCCCGGCGACGUGGUCACCGCGAAAAUGGUCAAUAAGGACGACAAGAUCAACGGCUGGUCGGUGAAGAUUGGAAACGUUAAGGGAGUACUGGAAAAGUUGUACUUAGCACCCAAUGUGCGUUACGAUGUCGGCCACUUGGUGAGAUGCCGGGUCCUGGAAGUGAAUUCGGAGCGCAAAAUCUGCUAUCUUACGAAUCGAAACGAGUACUUGGGCAAAGGGCUGAAGCUCCUGACCGAUUAUUCGGCUGCCCACGUUGGCAAUGUUUAUACGGGCACUGUGGUUCGUUGUGAAGAUAAUUAUGUGCUCGUAAAGUUCGGUAGCGGCAUCAAAGGAGUCCUGCACAAGCAGAAUCUAAAGGAAAAGAACGCAUACUUCGAGGGACAGACCGCAAAGUUCCGAAUUUUGACCCGCAACAAGGACCAAAUCACCUUGACUUUGCCCGAGGACAAGUUCCAGCUGGGCGAGAUUUGUCCCGUUGAGGUAACCAAUGUCUUGGAUUCUGGGCUGGAAAUUAAAAUCACAUUCGCUGGAGAGGAUGAGGACGAGGAGGGAAAUCCCAAGGUUGAGGAAUUCUUGGGCCUUAUUCCGCUGCGAUUGCUCUCCGAUCAUUUGGAAUUGCUGGACGCUCACAAACUGGUCAAUCCCGUGGGUACCUUAACCGAGGCUGCCUGCAUAAUGCAGAACAUCUUCAGCUUGCGCGACGUUCCCUACUUCAGUGGCGAGCUCACCAAAAACUGGCAGUCUGUCCAAGUGGGAGACAUAGUUCGAUCCUAUGUAAAGGGCGCCACGGAACAGAUUGUGGACCUCAUGGUGUGCGUUCGUAACUACAACAAACCUGUUAAGGUUCAUGUUAAGAUGCUGCGUCUGAAUGCCGUGAAAAAUGCGCCCGUGGAGUUGGUUCCGGAGCAGCUGCUUCUUGUCAAAGUGCUCAGUAAGGAACCGGAAACCAAAACCCUGACGGUGUCCGCCAAAUUAACCGACGUGUGGAACGGAGACCUUACUGAAACUGCAAAACUGGUCGAGAGCUAUUUGGAUGAAGUAGCUAACAUAAAGAAAGCACUGAAGAAAUCAUCUGCCGCCAUUGCAAAAUACUCCGCUGGCGAUAAAAUCAACGUGGUUUUUGAAGGCAUCGAUCCGAAGUCGAACGGAUGGGUCUACAAAGUGGAUGACGGGAAGAAUGUGACCGCCCUGCUGCUCUCCAGUCUAGUUGGAAAGGCCGCACCUCCCGAGGCUGGCAGCAAACACGAGGCAGUCAUUCUGUGGGUCGACUACUCUAGCGAAGUGCUGCUCAUCAGCAACAAAAAGGUGGACAUUGCGCAUAUCGCGCCAAGUAAGGAACUUGCCACCAAUCUGGUCGGCAAAGCUGGCAUGAAGGCCAAAGUGCUGCUGAAAUUGGAAUCCGUUGCGAUUUGUUCAUUGAAGAAGGGAACGAACCCGUUGGUCAUCUGUCCGAUUCGCUUGCACCCCAACGAUGUGGAGAAGUCUGGAAGUACCGAUCUACGAGAAGGCGACUUCUGUACCUUAGCAUUCAUCCACGACAAACUUCCAAUUGCGGUGCCCGAGAAUGUUUGGCGUCUCUGGAGGGGAGCCAAGAGGCCGGCAACUGGAGAAGCAGCAACGCCUGUGAAAGCCAAAAAGGCCAAAUUGGAAGCACCGCCUAAAGAAAAGAAGACCAUCAUAGAAGAGACGUCUUCAAAAAGAACUAAGACGGAAGAGAAACCUAACAAGCGAAAGGCUGAGGAGUCAGAAAAAAUCACCAAUGGCCAAAAAAUUCAACCCUUGACCAAUGGUGUAGUCAAGGAAAAGCCGAAACAGAAUGGCAAGCUUUUUUUCGAGGAUAAAACUCCAGCCAAGAAUGCCAAGUCCGAAACUGCUAAAACCAGUGGAACGGAAGCCAAAGCACGGCUGCCGGGAGUUUCCAGCUUCUGGGAGAACGAUGUGAGCCGGACAACGGAAGUUUCUAGCGAUGAAGAUGAGGAGCAAGAUGCAGUCGAAAGCCAACAAAACUCAGCCAAAAAGAAACGUCUCAGCGCCAAGGAAAAGGCGAAGGCGGAGGUCAAGGAGGAGCAGCGAUUACGGGAGAUCGAGGAGCGCAAUGCCGAUCCCAAGGCACGUUUGGAGUCGAUCGACCAGUACGAGCGACUGGUGGUCGCCCAGCCAAACAACAGCAUACAGUGGUUGAGGUAUGUCGCCUUCCUGCUGUCCAACACGGAAAUUGAAAAGGCACGCGCUUUGGCACGAAGAGCCAUAUCAACGAUUUCCUUCCGGGAAACCCAGGAGCUGAGAAACAUGUGGAGUGCUCUGCUUAAUAUAGAACUCGUCUAUGGCAACAAUUUCGAUGAUUUGCUCAAGGAAGCUCUCAACUGCAACGAUCCUUUGGAAAUAUACAUCUGUGUCGUCGACAUCCUGAAGAAAAAUAAGAAAAAGGAACAACUCGCUUCCGUGCUGACCACAAUCCUUAACAAGUUUAAAGCGGAGGCCAGGGUGUGGCCCAUCGCCGCUGACGCAUAUUUCUGGCUGGGCAAGUCUGACCAAGUCCACAAUCUUCUCCAGCGGGCUCUUCGAGGAUUGCCGAAACAAGAGCAUAUAAACUGCAUUGUGGCGUUUGCCAAGCUGUAUGCAAAUAACGAUCAUAGUGACAUGGCACAGACCUUGCUGGACGAUGUGGUCACCUCCUAUCCCAAGCGAAUCGACAUUUGGUCGGUAUAUGUUGACAUGUUAAUCAAAUCAAACUUAAUAGAUUCUGCGAGAAACGUUUUGGAGCGCGCUGCAUUGCAGAAACUGAAGCCCAACAAGAUGCGAGCUAUCUACAAGAAGUAUCUGCAGCUGGAGGAGAGCCACGGCACGGAGGCGACGGUGGCCAAAGUCAAACAUCAAGCGGAGCAGUGGGUGGAGAACUACACUAAAGCGGUCAAAUAGUUUCGACCCAACUCCCUUUUUCUAGUUAAUAGGCUAGGAUUAACGGCAAUGAGUUACAUGCAGUUUUUUUUCAUGAUACUUUAUUCUAAAACUAUUUUAAAUGAAGUGUGAUUCCGUGUGCUACCUUUUAAAUAUAUAUGUAUGAUAGUACCUAUAUAUUAUAGAAAUACAUAUAAAACGUUGCUCUGGCCUUGCCCCCUACACACAGGAUGUAGGGUGGUGUAUGCCAAUAAACAACUUAAGACUUGAACAAUAA